GGGCAUCUCAAGUCCUGAAACCGAGCACCGGCGAGCUCCGUAAUAAUCUAACACCAACAUCAUUCCUGUUGCUGUACAAUUGAUUUAUUUUUAAUGCCACGGUUAACGGCUCUAAUCCACAGCAGCCUGCGCCUUUCCCCCCCCUCUCUCUCCACUGUCCACGCCUGAAGCGGGAUAUAACCAACUUAUCGGCUUUGGACCACAGUUUAUCCCUCUCAGAUUUCUUCACUUGGUCGUUUUCCAGUGUUUUUUCUCCCUGUCUCUCUCGCUCUGCCACUUAACCUAGAUUCAACAAUUGGCGACUCGGUGUUUAGACUGUGUUUUUUUAAUAGCCUCCCACGACAGGCGCUAAACUGUCACUCUCAUGAGGAUACGAGCUUGAGCGCAUCCAUCCGAGGGCUUUCGGGAGAAAAAAAAAUACGCGUUAUCGAGCUGAUGUUGUGCGGUAAUGUAGGAAACUACAGACGGGGAGGCUGAUGCACACCUUUUGGAGCUGCUCUCAUCUCCGACAGGUGUGCGAUUGCGAGCAGAGCGGAUCCGGCUUCGGCGCAAAGUGCCCGUUUUAUCCGCGCAGACGGGCGUCCUGGUUAAGUGUCCAACUAUUUGGGCAAAACGCCGAGUGCGUCUAAACAUGUGGACCGGAGACGCAUGCAACAGAGAUCCCUGAGCAAGAGGAAGAGCCGACACCGAGCAAAUAUGGGACUUUUUGUGCUUUUCAGAUGGCUUGUGUUCACAGUGGUGGUGCCCUCCUGGCUGCUUGCUGUUCCAAGCGGCAUCCGUGAGCGUCCCUGCCCCCAGAGCUGUCGAUGUGAUGGGAAAAUAAUAUACUGCGAGUCCAAUGCCUUCCGUGACGUGCCAAACAACGUGUCUGUCGGCACACAGGGCCUGUCUCUGCGUUAUAACAGCCUGGUGAGCCUUAGAGCCCACCAGUUUGCGGGCCUCAGUCAACUAGUUUGGCUCUAUCUCGACCACAACUACAUCAAUGCCGUGGAUGGCCAGGCUUUCCACGGGAUAAGGAGGCUCAAAGAACUGAUUCUCAGCUCCAAUAAGAUCACGCAGCUGAAAAACAACACUUUCCAUGACGUCCCGAAUUUGCGUAACCUCGACCUUUCCUACAACAAACUGCAGGUCCUCCAGCCUAAUCAGUUCUGGGGUUUACGGAAGCUACUCAGUUUACACUUGAGGUCAAACUCCCUAAAAACAGUCCCGAUGCGCGUUUUCCUCGACUGCCGUAACCUGGAGUUCCUCGAUAUUGGCUACAACAGGUUGAGAAGCCUCACACGUAAUGCCUUCGCGGGACUCCUGAAGCUCAUCGAGCUCCAUUUGGAGCACAACCAGUUUUCUAAGAUAAAUUUCGCUCAUUUCCCUCGCCUGACUAACCUGCGGGCUCUCUAUCUGCAGUGGAACCGCAUCAAACUGCUAACGCAGGGCCUGCCGUGGAUGUGGACUUCCUUGCAAAAGUUGGACCUCUCAGGAAAUGAGCUCCAAGUGUUGGAUCCGAGCACAUUUCAAUGCCUGCCCAACCUUCAGACUCUCAACCUGGACUCCAACAAGCUCACUAACAUCUCUCAGCAGACAGUGGAUGCUUGGAUCUCCCUCACAACCAUCAGUUUGGCCGGUAAUUUGUGGUACUGUAACCCCAACGUUUGCCCUCUGGUGUCCUGGCUCAAAGCCUUCAAGGGUAACAAGGAGUUUACAAUGAUAUGUACCAGCCCUAAGGAGGCACAAGGAGAGAAGGUUACAGAUGUGGUGGAGACCUACAACAUCUGUACCGCAACUCCGACCCCUAUCCCCUCAACGACAUUGCCCCUCACAACGGCGUUUCAGCCUGAGCUGAAACCUCUCCCCACGCAGUCUGCAGUGGAUAAAAAGCUAACCUGGAACAGGACAGCCUCUCCAACUCCUUCCGAGGCCUCCCCCACCAUCCCAUUACCAGACACCGAGUACGUGUCCUUCCACAAGAUCAUAGCCGGUAGCGUGGCCCUCUUCUUAUCUGUGGCUAUAAUUCUGCUGGUUAUCUAUGUGUCGUGGAAGCGCUAUCCCAGCAGCAUCAAACAGCUUCAGCAGCGCUCGGCGGUUAAGAAGCGCCAGAAAAAGGCACGGGAGACCGAGCGCUCCUUUAAUUCACCACUGCAAGAGUACUAUGUGGACUACAAGCCUUCACACUCAGAGACUAUGGAUGUGCUGGUUAAUGGGACAGGACCUUACACAUACACCAUCUCAGGCUCCAGGGAAUGUGAGGUACCGCGGCAGCUGAGUGCUCUGACAUUGUACAGGUGUGAGCAGUCGGUUCUGGAUUACUGCCAUACCCACCUGUCGCUGCACCUCAAUGUGGGCAUGGAGCCCUCCACUCAGGCGCAGGGAGGUCCAGGGCCAGCAUUGUACCAACCCAGCCUAAUGGCUGCCCUCCCCUCAAAGCCUGUGCUGCCUUGCCCCCAGACCCACUCCCACCACCACUGAGCUGUGCACACCACGAGGCUCUGUCUCCAAACUACUGUACGUCAGCUGCACACAAUCACAGAACUGCUCAUACGAAAUAAAAGGCUGUGUGGGAGGAAGCUGGGACUGGUAAAGAAGCAAAGGAGACAAUUAAUUUACUGCAGAGCAUCCUGGAACCAGGGUAAUGAAAAUGAAAAUAUUUCUCAGUGGAAAUAAAGGGGUGCAGCAGUUUUGAUUAGUGAGCUUCUGACCUAUCUGACCCUCAAUGUCCUCAAUUAGCAAAGGAGGCUGAACUUCAGCAUGACUUUCUGCAUUCUGCUUUGCCUCUUGAGGAGUAUUAAAGAUAAUAAUUUCAUGAUUUGUUAAUCUUAUUAAACAUAUUUCCUUGACUUCUCAUAACGUGGACACCCCUCUGCUGUGCAGGUAAAGUAAUCAAAAUGCAAAACGUUGUAAACAGAGCAGGGGGAAACAGCAUGAUAAGCAACUGAGUAGCUGAACAAACGAAAGCUCGGCCAAGCUGAAAGGGUUUCUACUGUUUUGGUUUCUUUUCUUUUUUCUGAUCAUGCUGUCAGCCAGAGGUCUCUCUCAAACUCAAGUCCCUGUAGCGUUUUUCAUUUCGAGAAAUGAGCCUCUCCAAUGAAAUUACCCAAGACAAGAGAAACAAGUCCGAAAAUAGCGGACAGUAAUUGUUUUAUAAAAUGUACAGCCCACACAUCUUGCUGGCAGUCAGUAUAAUUUACAUGGUGACUUUUGAAUUGCUUAAUGAUUUGUGAUGUUGAUCACGUUCUUAUUCAUUUGAGAAAUAAACAGAGGAAAAAUAAACACCAACUACAGAGCUCGGUGCACUGGGACGUUCAGAUGUUUACUUUUCAUCCUUCAUUUAAAUCACUUAUGUGGCUAAUGGUUUUUGGUUUUUAUAAUGUGUUAUUCAGCCAAUUAUCUGAUUGUACACUUGCAUAUCUACACGUGUGCUUUUUACAAAAUGCUACAAUAUAAUAUAUGGCAAAUAAACUGUGGUAAAUGACCGGAAACAGUGUCAUUCAUCAAGUUCAGCGGUAUCAACCCAAACAACUGUCUGCUGUACUUAGCCAGCUGUGUAGGUGGUUUAAACUGCAGAGCACAGAGCACAGCACAGGCAGGACUGUCUGAUAAUGAUGUGUGUUUGGUUUUUGCCUUAUUGAUCAAGACCCUGAUGGUAACUUCUCUUGCUUUUCUUCUUCUGUGACUGUGUGGUAUCUGAUGUGAUACAGUAAACUCGACUCGCUGAACUCAUACACUUCUAGGCUAUAUUGCUUUCAGGGAAGGAAAACGUGUACAGAUCACCCAAUUAAUAUCCUGAAUAUUGUUCAAAGCAGCAGUUCUAUGUUCUUAACAUAGACACAAUUUACGAUGAAAUUGGUAAAAGGUUAUUGUGAUAUAAAAGUAUACAUAAGGUUUUUCUGCUGGGAAUUGACCGUUAGCUAAACCUGUCCAGUAAACAGCAAACAUCAAAUAAUAGUUUAUCUACAAUAACUAUUUGCAGCAGUCCUGCCGAGCUUCGGAUUUCUGCACAUUUUGAACUGCUAACCUGCAAAAUCAACACUCACCAUUUAAGGAGAUUAUUAAGUAUAUGAUGUAAAUGUUAGCAUGCCCAGCUUACAGCAGUAAGCAGUUAUAAUACAGUUGUAAUAGAAUAGAAUAAUCCUUUAAUUGUCCCACAAGGGGAAACAGUUUUACACACAGUUUUACCUCUGAGGCCAAUGAAAAUUAGUUGACUAAAUUGUUUGGGGUUUAGCGUCCUACAACUACCAAGCUCACUACACAAGUCCCCAGAAGUUGGUCCUGAAUACUGAUUCAGCAUAUUGCAGAGUAAUAUUAGGAGCUCAGUCCUUUAAUUAAAUCUACGCUACACGCCUAGCUAACUAUACCAACCGGCAAAAGGAGUAACAGUAAACAUUUAAAUAAACACAGGAGGGGCCGCUUAAUCGCAUGCACGCUAUAUGGACAAAAGUAUUGGGGAGACACGCCUCAAUGUAUUAAUUCAGGUGUUUCCAGAAUUUUAUACAGGUGUAUAAAAUCAAGCGCCUAGCUAUGCGGGCUGCUUUUUUAAAAAAAACAUUUGUGAAAGAAUAGAUUGUUCUGAAAUGCUCACUGAACUCAAGCAUGGAGCUGUGAUUGGAUGCUGCCAUUGCAAAAAAGUCACUGUCCAAAAAUUUCUGGCACAACUUCACCUGCUUCCAAGGUGCAUUGAGAAGGACAAAGAUCUGGUGGCGUGAAGACUCCAGCGACACUUGAAGCACUAUAGAACAAAUUUAUUAGCUGACCAACGCGUUUCGGCUUGUGGCCUUCAUCAGGGUCAUCACAAAAUACCAAACAGUUUGUGUUUAAAUAAAUAAAGAAAUCCAAAUGAACCAAUCACACAUAAACAAGCUGACCAGUCAGCAUUUAAGGGGGUGGUACUAGCCAAGGCAUUCUUAUUACCGACACAUAACACAGUGACAUUUUGUCGCGUCCCGAGGCAUCACAUGGGAACCCAAAAGGUAACCUUCAACGUCCCUAUGAUACGUGCCCGAUUGUGGAUGGAAUUCAAUAGAAUGACGCUCCCGGCGGUAACACACAUUCCUGCCGUGUAUUCGAGCCCUAGCCCUAAUCCUACCUUAUCCCUAACCAUAACCAUAACCUUAAUCAUAUCAGAUAGUGUUUUCCAAAGCGAUUCAUGAUGAGAAAGUAAAAUAAAUGUACAUGUGCAGAUUGAAUCCAAACAGUUCUCAUGUUUCGUCCUGUUUCCGAACGCGUAACAUAUUGAUGAUUUGUCACAUAGUGUAAUAUGUUACACUUUGGGAGUGAGAACGUGUUGUACUGGCUGACUGGUUGGCUCUGGCUGAACUUUCAAAAAGAUUUAAAAAAAUUAUCAACUCCAUAAUAAAAAUUUGAACUAGUUAACAGCAAUUAUCAUUACAAUAAAAGGUUUUUGGUUUUUGUUUCUUUUAAAAAGGUCUUUGAAAAUCUAAUUAAAAAUAUAAAAACAAAAUAGCAUAACUGGCAGAAACUCAUUAAUAGACCUGCUUUCAUACCUCUCUUUAAACAAAAUAUCCAGAAUGCUUCAUGAUGAGCUUUAUUUUUUAUUGGCAUUGACGCAUUUAAGCCCAGUCAAAGAGGUGAUAACAUUAACUUUAUCAGGAAAAAGAGACAUCUACUUUAAGUUUUUAUUAUGGAAUUAAUAAUUUUUUCAAUUAAUUUUUUUUAAGUUCCUGUGAUUGCUCUCUGUAACUUUUAACUUUUUCUGUCCACCUUUGAGAAUGAACUACUUUUGGAUAUGUGGAGUGAUUUCCCCUUUAAAUUUGUAGUGGUUCAGUCCAGAGCCUAUUUGGGCUGUGGUUCAACCAGUCAGCCAGUACCGCCCCCUUAAAUGCUGAUUGGUCAGCUUGUUUAUGUGUGAUUGGUUCACUUGGAUUUCUUCCUUUAUUUAAACACAAACUGUAUUUUGUAAUGACCCUGAUGCAGGGCACAAACUGAAACGCGUUGGUCAGCUAAUAAAGUUAUUCCAUAGUGCUUCAAGUGUCGCUGGAGCCACCAAAAAGUCACUUGUGUGAAAUUUUUUCCUACCUAUAGAUUUCAUAAGUGGUAUUAUUGCAGAGUUACAGAGCGAGGUUGCCAAGUGCUGAGCUGCAUAUUGCGUAAAAGUCUCCAACACUAUGCUAACUCAAUAACUGCAAAACUACAAACCUCUGACAUUAGCAUCAGCAUAAAAACUGUGUACCAGGAGCUUCAUGAUAUAGCUGUUCAUGGCCAAACAGCUCCUGUAGGUAUAAUGUGUACAAGGUAGCUCUGUCCAUUUGUCCACAUAGUGUAUAUGUAAAUUUUGGUCUCCUGUUUUUGAGUUAAAGAAGAAAAAUGCUUAAGUUUAAAGUAUAAUGUUGACUAUGUUUGAACUGCAUCUAAAUUACAUUUUAAGAAACUCAUCAAAAUAUUAUAUACCUAUUAAAUUUUUACUAAAGUAGUUUGCUAGCAGCAGCUAUGAAGAUCUAUUUAUCUUAGCUGGCCAAGCCAUUGCUUGCAGGGGCGUCUUGUGUGCAUCCAUGUGAAAUUAAGAACCCAGUGAAUGAAAAAUAACAGCGAUGAUUUAACAGUAGAUUAGCCCCUAAACUCUAAUGCAACAGUAAUGGAUGGGGAUAGGGCUUAGCAAACGGUCAAUUGUUGAGAGGCUUUUUGCAAUAUUGAUUUAAAAAAAAAUGUUUUUGAACAUGUGACAUCACAGAUUAAAUUGUACUGAGAAAAUUAUAUUUAUUAUACAUUUUGUUUUCUAUGUGUUUGAAUAGAAAUGUCCAGGGAUGUACAAUAUUCUGUCAUUAUCAAUACUGUAUCCAUCUCCAGUCAUGCAUAAGCUGUACUCUGAAUAUUUUAACGCUGAUUGUAUAAAACAAGUCAUCUGGCAUCAUGAUGAACAAAUGAAUGACGCAUUGAUUGUGUACGGCAGCACACGUGUAUGUCCGAUUUUCAACAGUUCCUCAAUAACAGACAUUUUGACCAUG